AGUAUUUGUUAUCAGAACCCAAACAAGAAUUCAUCGGUUCCCAUCAAAACCAGCUGCUCAUUCCCAGAAAACCUUUGUUUCAAAUUUGACAAAAAAUCGGAGGAUAACGAACAAGUCACCAUUCAAGGAUGUAUAACCGCUGAACAAUGCAGACAGUCUGAUGACGAACAUUUGCAAUGUUGUGAGGGAGAUCUUUGUAAUCAUAGUAAGUGUCAUGGCUAUAGAAAGCAAAAAUUUAUUAAUUUAGGCGCAAAAUUUUGACAAUGUUCCAAACCAGAGACAAAUAAUCAAAAGAAAGAAAAAAAAUUCAGUAGGAGUACGCACCAUAUUUGCUUUCCGAUCAGUUUUCUCCUCCUCAUCACCAUGAUUCAAAAACUUUGAACCAACUUGUCUUUAUAAUGCUUCUAUUUCGCAACUUGUAAGUCUUCGGCCAAUCUCAGCUACGGCAGGAUCAAAAUAGGUGGGUGUCAAAAGUUGUUCAGUGAAGACACAGAGGGUUCUUCGUGAUACACUGUAAGUCUUCGGCUAUUUGAAUUUGUGCUUACCAAAUUUUAAGGUAACGGACUAAUUUCAUUACGUGUUUUUGCCAUACUUUGCGGUUGCCCAAAAUCAAAGGGAAUUUACAUGUGGUUCCUUUUUUUGUGUAUAUGCCUUCGCAGUAUGACUGAAUCUUAUAAUUACAGAGGACACGAGUGUACUGAAGCUCAGUUAGCCAGGUAAGACCCGCUUUUGUCCUCGCCGAAGCGCAGUGGACAAGUUCCACUGUCAACAAGUGACAGUGUAGUAAGAGAAGAGGUUUUAACACCAUAUAAGCUCUAACAUGCCUGUAACCCUUUUAACCUGACCGCAUAUUAUUGGAAAAAACUUCCCCACUUCCAUUUAUAGUACAGUACCUUUGAUCACAGUUUGAUAUAUUUAUUUUGUUUGCAGUCAUAGAAACCACGACUCCCGCAUCUGCACCAGAAAAUUCCACUGUCAUUUAUAUUUCACUUGGUGUCACGUCCGCUAUUUUGCUGUUGUCGGUCGCUAUUUUCGUCUCGUGCUACAGAAAAAGAAAGACUAUUGAAAGGUUUGUAGAGCUCUACUAAUGCGUAGCUGGCGGUUUUUUUGUUUGCUUCUUUUUUCUUUUCAGUGGUUUGGUAAAGUGAGAGAUUCAGCCGCACGAAAGCUGAACCGAGGACGAAAAAGAAAUGAUAGGGAAGGGGGCGAGGGGAGAAGUAAGAGAGAAAAACCUCUGUAUUCAACCCCUUCAGAUUUUUAAAACGCACCUUUUUCGCCCUUCAGAAAUUGUGAAAGGAUGAUGUGACAUUUUUUGAGGUCUGACGUCAUGCAACCGACAAAAUGUCGCGCCAAAGGUUUUUUGUUUAAGAUCUUUUAAUGUUUUUUUAUUAGCGCUUUCCCGGUAAUUAUUCUCUCCCCUCGCCCCAUCCCCCAUCGUUUUCUGUUUCGACCUCGGUUCAGCCGUGUUCACGCGGCUGUAACCCUUACUUUGCAAACCACAAAAUAAAAAAAAAACACACACCAAAGAAUCUCCAGCUAUGCUAGCUACAUAAAUACAGAGAUAAAUCUUACACUAAGUAAAGCUUUUGUUUUGUCUUUUUAUCUAAACGUAGCGAUUAAUCUUCGUUUCCCGUGACGUUAUUGGCUAAAUUACAUCACUUGUCAACAAAACCGACGUAGUGCACUUGCCAAGAUGACAGAUAACUUUAACUGGAAGUCAAAACCAUAACUUAAUUUGCAAUUCUUAUGAAAAAUAAUCAAAGAAAUUUUUUCAUUAUCGAAUGAUGCAUUGAAAGAAGAUGAAAAAUCCUAAGAAUAGUCUGAUGAAGACGAAUUUUGCUUUUUAGAUUUGCCUAAAGUGAAUUAGAAUUGAAUAAAUUCUUUUUUUUUUUUUUUAAGUCAUUGCUUGUGAAGGAUGGUGCCCUUGACUGAAUCGUCCUUUUAAAAAAAUAAGUUUCUUUUAUCCCCACUCGGCUAUUUUGAUGUAGCUUUUUUUUCACGCGGAGAACAUCUCAGCUUCGGCGAUUAUCCUCCGAUGCACCAGUAGCCAGGUGGAAUAAUUUUGUUGUUGGUAAAGUUUACAGAUAUGCGAUUAUAUAUUACUAUAAUAUUGUGCUCAGCGUAAUAAUCCGGCAUUCUUUUUUUUUUUUUCCUUUUUCUAGGUCAUCUUAUUCACAAGACGAGAUUACUCCGCCUGACAAGUGGGAAAUUCUGCCUGAGCAAAUAGAGUUUGGGGAAGAGCUGGGGAGAGGAGAAUUUGGUGUUGUUUACAAGGCAACCUUUAGAAAGAGUGACGAGAUGGAGGCGUUGGUCACCGAGACUUCAAAAUGGCCUGUAUCAACCAGGAAGCCGAAAGCACCACAGCUGGUGGCUGUCAAAGUUUUACAUGGUAAGAAAUACUGACUGUUAUCUCCAUAAACAAAGGCAUAAAGUCUUAACUGCCUUUCAGUCCUCUUCAUACUACUGUAAGAACCCUUUUGGAUUUAAGGUGACUCGACCCAGUUUUUUGGGGGGGUACCAUCCUACUUUGAAGCUCUCUGGUAUCCCCACCUUUACUUUUAUCGUAAGUCUAACACAUAGAAUGGAUAACAUAUAGAUCAAUUUACAAUAUAACAUAAAAUUUUUGGCGAUCGGAGUAAAUGUCACGUGGUUAUAAUGCCACGCCCCUUUGAGGUCUGAGUCGAAAAUCUGCUGUUUCCGGCAUUUUUUCGUGAAAAUCUCUCGGCUACACAUAGUGCGCAUUAGUGCCUUGCGCUGAACUGAGUUUCACCAAAAUCGCAAAGACCCAAUUCGAGAAAUUCAGCGGUUUCCAAAUUUAGGUCAUAAUUUAUGCGAAAAUGAUAAGCAAACUUUACACGGAUUAUAUCUAAUAAACUAUGAGAUUCAUUUCUAUAUUUUGGGCAUCGUUAUAACAGAUGGGUCCUCGCAAGUCCUCAAAACAAUUUAGGGCCCUGUAAAUGCACGCGAUUUCGAGCAAAGCAAACAUAUAGAAAUUAUAGUGUUAGCUAUUUGUUGACGUUUGUCAGCGUUUAAGAGUCCUUCUCACGAAAAAAGCAUUUUCUUAAAAAUUCGUGGGUUUUUUUCCUUCAAAGUUUUUCAGGGCCACAAUUGAUUAACUAACUACCCGGACUCUGAAUUUCAUGGUCAUUGAAAAACUGUGACAUUAUCUUCUAUAAGCCCAAACUUGAGUAAACAUUGAAGAUUUUUAGCGUUUUGGCUGAGUUUGUGCUUUGGGAGUUGUCUAUUGUUUCUAGUCUGUCAUGAUACAGCAUUCUUGUUCAGCACGCGUGCAAUGACCGCGCUUGGCUGACUUCCGAAUGCUCACCAAGAUAUUAUAAUUUUGGUACAAUGAGACAGGCCAUCGCGUGAUACAUAGAGGUUUAACUCACAAUUUUUAAUCAAUUCUCGUGCUUCUUGUGCCUUUGCAAAAAAUCAAGAAGUGCUACACACUAAAUCUACUUACUAUUAAAAAAUACCAUUUUUUCAUAGGUUUAAUGCAAGCCAAUAAUUAAACCAACUCGUGACGGGAAUCCCUUCUAUUUUCUUAUACUAAAUUAUUAUAUCUCGGUGAGCGUUCGGAAGUCAACCAAGCGUGGUCAUUGCACGCGUGCUGAACAAGAAUGCUGUAUAAUGACAGACUAGAAACAAUAGAGCGGGGCCGAAGGACAUGGUUGUUGACCCCUUUAUGUGUGAAAUUGGGAAAUGAUUUCCACGAUUUGGGAAAAACAGAUAAAACGUGAAACACGAUUAGGUUUUGCUCUGCCUUGUACCAGGUCUGUAUUUAUUUUAUUCUAUUUUAUUGUUGGUUUAUUAUUUAUUUAUUUAUUUAUUUAUUUAUUUUUCUAUCUAUCUAUCUAUUUUUUUUUUCAUUCGCCUUUUAUGAACAGCGGUUUAGGUAGUGAGGGAAACCACAUAGUCACAUCACACCGCCACCCGAAUUUGCAGGAGUACUUCCCGGGGCUGCUGGGAGGGUGCAGUGGCAAACUAAAAAUGAUAACAAAUGUUUGAAUAUUUCUCGAUAUUCUAUUACACGGUAGAAUACAUCUUUAAAUACCCUUGUGCAUUAGAGGAUGAGUGGGAAGCGGUAAAAAUGGACGAAUAUGUUUUUCAAAUGAAACAUUUUGCACUGAAUAAUGCUGAAGAAUAACGAUAAUAAAAUCAAUGUCAUUUUAUUUAAAUAUCUUUAGAUAAUCCAUCUGAAGCACAGAAAGAAGAGUUCACGUUUGAGAUUGAACAGAUGAAGCUGUUGGGUUCACAUAAGAACGUUGUAUCCAUGGUUGGAUGCUGCACGCUUCAGGAGAAAAUGUUCCUGGUUAUAGAAUACGUUCCGUGUGGUGACCUGCUGACGUGGCUACGCCGCAGAAGAAAAAAGGUAAGGAGAUGAACAAUUAUACAAUUAGUUUAUAACGAAAUUAUCAAGAAACAUAUAUAGGGAGACAACAUUACGAAUAUAUUUUGGUACUAUCUGAAGAUUUUGUACAACUUAUUUAAGCAACUGCAGUUACUUCAAAAUUAUAAAAGCAUUUAAUGAUAGUACUAACAAUAAUAAUUAAGUACCGUUUUUGUUACUUGCUUGAUGUUUAGAUCAAAGAACUUCAAGCUACCGAGAGAUCUUAUGCUGACACAGAGGUUCUGAAAGAUCAGAAAGAGACCAGAGAUCAUGUAGGCUUGUAUAUAAACUGUAGUUUAACUUUCCAUACUAGCUCUGUCCUAAAACGUUUAUUAUCCAGACAGCUUGUUUGUUUUAUGUCUGGUUGACCCUAGCUAUCUAAUAAUCUACCCAUCUGAGUUUUGUUGAAUGGUUUGCACGUAACGUAAUCAUAAUUCAAAAUAAAGAAUUAUUUAUCCUUCUGAGUUUCAAUUUAGUGAACUAUUAGAGCAACUGAUCAUGAACACGUGUAUUUGUACAAAGUUUCAGUUCGAAAGGGUUCUUCAUUUUGUGACAGAAUACGUUUGAAUAUUCUAAUAUUUUGCGUGGGGUAACAAAAGCUGUCACGAAACUGUAGGUUAAAGAGUGGCAUAUCUUUUUUUCUUAGAUUUUGCUAUCUGAACAGUCCUUGUUUUUUGAAUAAGUAUUAAGUUUAAUGUUAUGUGCUCUCCAGAGAUGAGUACUCGCUUUAAUGGCAAUGUUUCUGCUAGCUUCCGGCCGCCAUAUUUGUGUUCCUCAGAGGGACGCCAACAUGGCUGGCGUCUCAAAACAAAGCUCUAUAAAUUUGGGUAACACAUUUCUCCGAAUUCCUCGCAAACGAAAAAACCGCACAGACCUGAAUCUUAGCAAGACUUUUGCAUAUCCCUUAGAUUCCUGAAUUUAUUCAUUUCCACACAGGUCAGUAAACUUGCUAAGAAACAGAUAAAGCAAGCGGAGAAAAUACAAUUGAGCAAGGAAAUGACCCCAUUACUACAGGAUAACAGCAAGGACACAGCGUCGACUUCUUAUCAUCGCGGUGACGAAGUAUGAAAGAAGUCAGCCAGGGGGGCUAAAAGAUUUUAGAUGACGUUUGUUUCUACUAUAUAUGGAAAAACUGCUUAACUCAACUUAAACGUGGUUAAGGCUUGUAGCUCAUGAAAGGAAUUCUCGUGUAAUCGUUGUAAUCCUGACUAGUGCAAUCGAUAGAGUCGAUAAUCGAUAAUGAUGGAUAACUCUUGAUAAAGAGCGAUUCCCGACAUCCGUUUAAUACGGACACUUUCUAUGUCCCCCUCAGUAUCCGUAUCAACGGGGGUUGGCUGUUUAGACUGUCAUUUAGACUGUCAAGAUUUGUCGGGGGCGGGGGGGGGGGGGGGCAGGAAGGGGUCUCGUCCCACAACAGUCGUGCCCUGUCACUUUUAGCUUCGUUCCUACGGGCCUGGUUCAAGUACUGUCCAGUGUACAGUUUUUCAGCAAGACCCUUAAAUUGCUUCUUCAAAAAGCAUAUUGGAAAGGAUCAUUUAAAUCAUUCUGUAAAUAUGCAAAACAAAGAAGAUGAUUAACUCCGCAACCAAAUGGAAAGACAAGUAGCAUGACCAUAAAACAUGAUACAAAUGUGAGAUAAAAUCAUCAUUUAAAACAGAAAAUAUCUGCAUGUUGCUAAUAUAACUUGCUGUGAAAUAAUGCAUUAUUGGGUUUUGAACCUGGGAGGCAAUCUAUAAUAUCGUUAAUAGCGCUGACAAUUGAUUUUCUGAUAUCGAUUUUUAUCGAUUGCGCUAGUCAAGUGUAAUAUGCAAAAGUUGUCUCUUUAUUUAAUGAUCCGGAAAGCGGGAAGCGCCUCUUUAUGAAAGAAUUAGUUAAAUAUAAAGGCGUUCAGAAAAAUCAGAGAGAGGUUUGGGAAUCAAGUACGCUUUACACAAAACUAAAUUUGGUAUUGAUCAGGCCUAGUAAAGAUCCGGCUGAUCCUCACUGGUUUGUCGUUGUGGUUGUGCCUUCACAAGUGUUUCUUAUACCACAAAACGUAAUCAUGAGUUAAUUUUCAAAUUUAUUUAUUUAGACUAAGUACGUUUUACCUAGAUUUUUGUCAUCUGUAGGUCAUCUGGUUGUUGUUGAACUUUAGUCUUUAAUUCACCGAAAUUGAUUGCAUAGAAUAACAACAGAGUGGAAAUUUGAUGUAUACUUGAAAGGAUAGAAUACAAGAUUCCACGAUGUAUUAUAUUAAAGAAUGAUAAUGGUUAAACGAACAAAAUGGCCAGUACUGGACCAAUAAUUUAAUAAGGUUUUUGUUUUUGUUUUUGUUUUGGUUUUUUUUUUUUUACAAAGGAAAGUAAACCUGCUAAAGAUCGGACUAAACGGGAGCAGCAGACGAACGAAAACAUGGAAAUGAUUUCGUUAUCAGAAAAAAGCAUUAAUGAUGAAGUCCGACAGGACCUGGCGUCGACUCUUCAAGGCUAUCUUGUAUGAAGGAAAUACUUAAAUAUUUCAUUGAAUUUAUUUUUCUUAAAUUUAUAUAUCGUUAUCUAAAGAAAGCAAUGAUGAUGUGCGACAGGAUCUGGCGUCGACUUUUCAAGGCCAUCUUGUAGAAAAGAAAUACUUAAGGUCUUUUUUUUUUCUUAAAUUUAAUUAUAUUGAACGUGGAUACGGCAUGCAGACAAUGAGCCGACGAGAGUGCUGCCAUGAAGGCUGAAAAAGUGACUCUGUUGGGGGGAUUUUGCUAUCUGAAUGGUCAUUGUAUUAAUGUCAAUGUUAAUGAGUUCCUCAAGAGAUGAAUUCACCCUUAAGUAGCCCAACUCCGUGACACAUGUUUUCCGGCCGCAAUGUUAGUGACCAUCCGGAUGGGCACCAACAUUGCGUCUCCAUAUAAAGCUCUAUAAAUGUAGGUAAAAAAAUUCUCGAAAACUUCUCGCGCAUGAAAAAUUGCACAGACCUGAAUCUUGGCGAGGGCCUUUGUAUAUUUACCUUCUUUCAUUUCCCAGAUUCUAGACUUUAUCUAUCAAACGAUUUUGAUUUUGAUUUUUAAUAGCGUGACUGUGAAAACCAGCAAUAGCGUUAUAUUUUUUGUACAUGUAAAUGUCAUGGCCAUUUUCUUUAAUCAUUUAGCAAAGUUUGGCUGAUGAGCCUGAUGAAGUUAUUAAGGAGGAUCAACAUUCUAUACACCAAGACCAAGAAGACAGUGCAGUGUCUCCGCAACAAAGCAACAAAGAUGCCGUUCUUGAAGUGAUUCCAUCGACUUCCACCGAAGUAGAUGUAAGACGAAAACAAAAACACCAUAAUAAUUAAUUAUUAACUAAUGAAGAAGAAUUUGCCUCUAGGGCGCUUAUUUUGCUUACGUUUCACGUUAGAAGGAAACAACGCCUUUGUGAUCUUGGUUUUCUUGUGCCACUAAUGUGUUUCGUUGAUGGUGUAGCUUUUCUGUGCUGUCUUGGAUUUACGUUUUAGCGUCUUGUUUUCAGGCUCUUGAGCUAUUUUCAGUUGCGGGCUUGUGACUUCCAGAACGAUGGCUGAUACAAGGAAUCGUCUAGUAAAAUGGUGUGUUUGUUAUUUUUAAUCAGUACCACGUGUAUCAGCAGGUGGCCGAGGCUUUCUGGGUGAACAUCAAAUUGUGGGCGUUGAUUUUCAUCCUAGACUUGAAAACAGUACCCUGGACCCAAAGUAAAUUUUCUCUAGCUCUAAACUGGUCAAUUUGAAGUUACUUUCAAUAGAUAAUACUUGUAUAUUGGCUCUUGUCUGGCUUAAGCAAAUUAUGUUAUUUUAUGUUUUUAUCCGGUAGUUACUUAUUUACUAACAAGGAAAAUAAUUACUUGAAAGCUGUGCUGUUUCAAGCUAAACCAAAAAUUUGAUAGUUUUUUUUUUAUCAAUUUAAUUAGGAUGAGGAAUUCAAAGUAACUGACAAAGAAAUUCUAACCAGGCCAUCGGCAUCACUAGCAAAAAAUCAAGCUUCUGCAAGGCCACUUUCAAUUGAAAACCUAGAGGAGUCAGGCGAGGAUCCUUGUGACGUAGAGGAGAACUUUUCUACCAAACAACUGUUUUCACUUGCCUGGCAAAUAGCUAAAGGAAUGGUAAUUAUCUUUGUUUUCUGGAUCGAAUGUUGCUGGGAUUCUGGUUAAGAGUAUAACUUGGAAAGAAGAAUUCAAAAGUCAAUAUUUUAUAAACAUGAAAUAGACGGGAUAAAUAUAUUCAUUGGCUGUUUUUCUAGAUAUGAGUACAUUAAAAUUGCUUAUAUGGAAAAAAAUUUCUUUUCGGUCGACUAAGUUUUGGCUGAAUUCGUUUCGUUAUGUGUCUGAACGUAAAUAUCUGGAUCAGAUCAGUCCCGAUAUUCACUUUCCAUUUGGAUUGUUCAGCCAUACCUAACUACUUAGUGUUCGGCGUACCCCCGUUAUUACGUUUUGAGAUAAUUUUAAUCGUGGUUUCUUUGCUUAUUUGUUAUUAGAAUCAUCUCGCAGAAAACAACCUUGUUCACAGAGACCUUGCUGCCCGCAAUGUUCUUGUUGGCUAUGACAACCAGAUCAAAGUGUCAGACUUUGGGUUGAUGAGACAAAUCUAUGAAGAUGUGAGCAGCUCAACGAAGUCCAAAAAACUACCUGUAAAGUGGAUGGCCCCAGAAGCACUGUAUCAAGGCGUUUACACGACCAAAAGUGAUGUGUGAGUGAUGAGUUUUCCAUCUCCCUUGACAAGGGAACUAUUGAAACGUUUCUACUGAAUCACUUCUCAAAGUUGUAUUUGCCGUAAAAUUACAGAAAUUUUCCUUAUUUGUUUAUGACCAUGCUAGGGUUGGUUUUUAGCCGUCCAAUCAGAAGAACGGAAAAUUGUUUGCCCAAAUAUGGAAUCAUAAAAUUGAAGGCAUCCCUGUCUAAAUAUAGCUAAAAACGGAUUCUUCCUGUCCUUAACAAUUCUCCAAUUAAUAAUAAUAAUAAGAAGAAGAAUGAAUUUGUAUAGCGCAAAUUCCAUUCAAUGCUCAAAUGCGCUUCACAAUAAAACCACACAGUGGGAAACUGGAUACAAUAACUAAUACUACUAGAAUAAUAAUAAUAAUAACAAUAACAAUAAUAAUAAACUAAUGCUACUACUAAUACUAAUACUGCCUAAUAAUACUAAUGCUGCUAUGAUAUUGUGCUGCAGGUUAUGAUAAAAAUGCUAAACGAAAAAGGUGCGUCUUUAGCUUUGAUCUAAAAAUGUCCAACGUCUUGGAGUCUCUGACUUCAAUUGGCAAUGCAUUCCAGAGUUUUGAUGCUACUCAAGUAAACGACCUGUCACCAAGAGUCGCUUUCGAUAUAAAUAAGGGUUGCUUAAGUAAGAGGGUGUCACUAGAACGUCUCAGGUUAUAGCAUGACUGAGCCUUCAGAGAUAUCAGUGACACCAAGUAAGUGAGAGCUGCGCCAUGCAAGAUCUUGAAAUUUAACAAAAGAAUCUUGAAUACAAUUCUAGAGUGAAUCGUUAACCAAUGCAACUUAAUAAGGAGCGGUGUUAUGUGACAAUCUACCCUCAGUAAAUAUCAGUCCAGCACAGGCAUUCUGCACACGCUGUAAUUUGAUCAAUGAGCAGUUUGGCAGACCAUACAAUAAACUGUUACUUUAGUCAGGACGAAUUGAUGUGAAAGCAUGAAUAAGUGACUCUGCAGACUUAUUGGAGAGAUACGUCUGGAUCCGACGUAUGUUAUUCAAAUAGUAUAAUGAUGAGCUGCAAAUGUUCGAAAUAUGUUCCGUCAUAGAGAGACUGGCAUCUAACCACGAGUCAAGGUACAGGGAGAAUGUUGGUGUUACCCUCGCGAAUAUGAGUGAUAACUACCUUCUCAAGCUGUUGCGGUGUACCUAUUAUAAGACGUCAAGUUUUUUCGUCAUUUAAUUUAAGAUUGUCAUUCGACAUCCAAGAACGAAUAUCAGUAAUGCAACUUUCCAGUAACUCUCCAGCAUUAAGUUGAUGGAGCCUGUCGUUUGGGCAGAAUGAGAUGUAUACCUGCGUGUCGUCAGCGUAACAAUAACCCGUAGGAAAAUGAUGUUUGAUGAUCUCGAAGAGAUUGCUCAAAUACAGAGUAAAUAAUAAGGGACCCAAACAGGAACCUUGAGGGACACAACAUUGCAACUCGAAUUCCGCAGAGAGUGUCUCAUUGAUGGCUAUUUGCUGAGACCUUCCGGACAGGUAAGACGAAAACCAGGAGAGGACUUUUCCAUGUAUACCAAAUGUGAACUGAAGUCGAUGCAGUGAAGUGUCGUGAUCGACAGUGUCAAAAGCCGCACUUAAGUCGAGGAGAAGAAGCAGAGUGACAAGUUGAUCGUUUAUGUUAAGGAGGAUGUCGUUAGUGACUUUAAUUCGAGAAGUGCUGUUUCUAUGCUGUGUUUGGGACGAUAAGCUGAUUGCAGAAUAGGGAAGAGAUCAUUGCUGAAUAAAUAAUGUUGAAGUUGCUUGGCGACCGCAGUCUCCACAAAGUUUUGAGACAUAUGCGAGGUUACUCACAGGUCUAUAGUUCUUAAAGAUGAGGUCGACACCCUCCUUCUGUAGCAGUGGUUUAACAAAGCGCGCUUUCAGAUGAGAGAAAAAUAGCCUGAUUCCAGCGAAAGGUUAAUUAAUUUCGUAAUUGGAGGAGGUAAUACAUUAAGACACUCAGUAAAAAGCUGAGUAGGAAUGGGGUCAAGAGAACAAGUCGUCUUUGUAGAUGAUUUGAUUAGUUCAUGAACCUCGGUUUCAGAAAGAAGACGAAAUUCAGAAGAACAGGGGCCAUCAAGUGCAAAGUGGGAUUCGCUAACAUCAGAAGUGCUACCUUGGCGUGCAAUCUCAAGCCGAAUGGAGUUAAUUUUGUCACCGAAGAACUUGCCAAAAUCGUUAGUCAUUGAUUGAUUAAGAUCGGAAUGUAGAGGGAGACUGGCACACUUCGACAGGUUAAGCAGUGAUUUACAUGCAGUGAACAGUUUCCUCUGGUUGAGACAGUUUUCAAUUUAGUUUUUCAAUUACAUCCAAACCUCAAAAGUACACGCAUUUGUGGGCUCGUCCACCACAAAUAAAAGGAGUUAAGAAAUAAACCGGGAAAUAAACAAUCUAAAUGCCGUGAAUCUGUACAUAUUUAUAACCUCUUUGGUUUUUUUUUUCAUAGUUGGUCUUUUGGUGUUGUUCUUUGGGAAAUGGCUACUUUGGGUGAGUGGACGGUAAUUUUACAGUUUUUUGGUGUCAUAUUAAAUUUCAGGUUAAGUGACAAAUCAAAAAAAACAUUUUUCAUGGUCUAUGACUCUUAUCAACCGUAGAAAUGAUGUCAAAAUGUUGAAAACUCAUGCACGACCCUCAGGAUAAUGGUUUUACACUGCAAAGUUUUGAGCUUUCCAAGGGAACUAAGGGGACCGUGCCUUAACCCACCUUCUCCUUUUGCCAUGGUGGGAUGUGGCUUAACUGUUACGAUUGUUAUCGAGGUUACUGCUACCAGGAAGGGCGAAAACAAUGUUUCAUAAUGUUUCGUUUGCGGCAAGUUUGAAUUUUCUUGUUUGAUCUGGGCUUUUGUUUUAAUGAUGAUAACCGUAUGUGACAAUACAUAUUUAAUUUGCGAGCAUUUGAUGACUGGAAAAGAGAAGACUUCCUUCUUUCCUUACACAGUUAACUGCAUUGGCUCUAUAUUCGGACCUCCAUUCAAUCAACAAUUCUUGCAAAGUAGCCUUAUUGAGUUUAUAUGAGGAGAAGUGACAAUCGACUAAGGCAUCUUUAAUAGAAAUCUAUCCAAUGGAAAAUUGCGUGUAUUCAGUUCCCGAUAUGUAAUCAUUUGUUUUCUUUCUCUCAAUCGUCAGGAGGCGUACCAUACCCCACGCUGACCAACUCAGAGUUGUAUCGACUGCUCGGUACUGGUUAUCGCAUGGAAAGGCCUGACAUGUGCUCCGAUGACGUGUACGUUUCUUGA